UUCACAGCUUUCCGUGAUUUCAGCUGAAUUGCGCAUUUAUCUAUCUCAUCUCCGAGCUGAGAAAAGGGAUUAUUACUUUGAAGACAAGAAAGUCAUCUGUUUUUUCUACAUCUUAUUGGACGGAAUUGCUAAACCGGGGAACAAAUAUGCGUCUCAUCCAGAACAUGACGACCAUCGCGGAGUGCCCCACACCGGAAUAUUCUGCACCCAACCGGGUCAUUAAGAUGGCUGUGAUCGGAGGCAGCGGAGUGGGCAAAACAGCGCUCGUGGUGAGAUUCCUAACGAGGCGAUUCAUUGGAGAUUAUGAGAGAAAUGCUGGUAAUCUGUACUCCAGAGAAGUCCAGGUGGAUUCAGAGCAGGUGACCAUUCAGGUCCAGGACACUCCUGGUGUAGAGAUGACAGAUAACUGCGUCAGCCUCCCCGAUCAUGUCGCCUGCUCCAUCCAGUGGGCGGACGCCGUGGUGCUGGUUUACUCGGUGACCGACAGACGCAGCUUUGAUCUGAUCGAGCAGUUGCAUCAGCUGGUGGUCCGCGCGGGCGGCACCAACAUGCCCCCCGUGAUCCUGCUCGCCAACAAGUCUGACCUUCUGCACCUGAGGCGGGUGGACUCCCAGCAGGGCCCCCUGUUGGCGGGGACGCUCGGUUGCUCUUUCUACGAAGUAUCCGCCAGCGAGGACUACAGCCAGGUGCAUCACGCUUUCCACCGGCUGUGCUGCCAGCUCGCCAAGCAGCCGCCUCCUCCCACCUCCAACUCUUCCUCCUCGCACGCAAACUCUGCCAGCACUGCCACGGAGAAGAGACGCUCCCCACUCAUCCCCCGACCGAAGUCUCCAAACAUGCAGGACCUGAAGAGGCGGUUCAAGCAGGCACUGUCGGCCAAAGUCCGGACUGUCACCUCGGUGUGAGGGAGUAGAAUCUGAACGUGGUCCAGAGUGGCCAGAGAUGAAGAAAGAAAGCAGUGAAGGAGAAAGGACAGAGGAGACUUCUCCGCUUACGUCCUGCAGCGCUCUGUCUGAGGAGGACAGGUGUGAACAGUACAGAGGAAAUGACCUCUAACCGGCAGGUCAUGUCUGGUAUCAUGAGCGAGGAGGAUCAGGGAGGAGGUUCAGGCGGUGCGCUGAAGCUCGGGCCUGUGUGAGCAUAAAAAUCACAAACUGUCAAUCUCCCAGCAACAGCAGCUCUGAAGGACUUUUGCUGCGUAUUUUUAGCUUGCCAUUGUGUCAUUCUUUUAUUCAGAAUGCAUUGGCACCGCUUAACGCUGGUAUUACUAUAUCAGUCACAUGAGUCGAGGCUCUGUGCAGGUGUGUGUGGGUAUUGAGUCUAAAUGUGUGUUUAGAACGGUUGUGAAGACACAGUAUGUAGCAUGUGGCGGUUUAUCACUGACGCACUUUAAAAAAAAAGGAUUAAUCCAAAGG